GUUGUAACUGACCCCUAAAGUUAAACGAUUUCCUGUUUAGUUGCCAUUAGUAACAACAGCUGCAGGCUGCCUGGUGUGCGUUUUACAGGAGAUUAAAUUGACAGCAGGAUUUAAUCCCUUCAACGGAUUAUUUCAUCAUCCACGGGUUUGCCGCAAUUAUAUUAAUCAGAGAAAAAAAAAAAAACAACGAUAUAUAUUAUGUUAUAUAUAAUGAUGCAAACGUAAUCUUUGUAUAUUUCUUCGGUUAACUCACUACCCCAGCGCUUCCCAGUAGGGUUCUGGGAUUGUUCACUGGUAAUCGUUUGUGAUCCAGAGGGGGGGUGGCAGGAGGACACGCGUGUUGGUGACGUGGCGUUGGCGUGUCGGGAUGGGAAACAGCGCACUCAAGGCACACUUGGAGACUUCCCAGAAGACAGGGGUGUUCCAGCUGACUGGGAAAGGGCUGCUUGAGUUCCCUGAGGACCUGCAGAGGCUCUCCGGUAACCUCCGCACAGUCAACCUGUCUGACAACAAGAUUGAGGUGCUGCCGCCCUUCAUCGGAGUCUUCCUCGUCCUCAAGAGCCUCACCCUCAACUGCAACAAACUCACGAGCCUGCCUGAGGAGAUAGGGAAGCUCCGGAAGCUGGAGACGCUGCACCUCAAUGGUAAUCAGCUGCGGAGCCUGCCUGCCUCUGUGGGGGGCCUGGCAGCACUGCGCACCCUGGGGCUCUCCGCAAACCGCUUCAGGGAGGUGCCGGCUGGGCUGGGCACGCUGAGGCACCUGGACCUGCUGGACCUGUCCCGGAACCACAUCCAGACUGUGCCGGCCUCUGUGGGGGAGCUGCAGGCCAUAGAGAUCAACCUGAACCAGAACCAGAUCUCCACGGUGUCCCCUGAGGUGUCCCGCUCGCCGCGGCUCAAGGUCCUGCGCUUGGAGGAGAACUGUCUGGAGCUGUCCUCCGUGCCCCUGUCCCUACUCUCCCAGUCCCAGGUGUCCCUGCUCGCCCUGGAGGGGAACCUCUUUGAGAUUAAAAUGAUGAGAGACCUGGAGGGCUACGACAAGUACAUGGAGCGCUUCACUGCCACCAAGAAGAAGUUCGCCUGAAGCCUGGAGCCUGGUUGGAGAACUGUGCCUUCUUGGCUGGGACUGUGAUGGAGAUGAGGUUUGUCAGAUUGUGCAGUGCUGCUCGUGAUCAUGUGACCUGGAUGGAGUGGACCAGAGUGGGUGUGAGGAGGACUGAAGGAGCUUCUGAAUGGCCACAGAGCCAGCGCACACUAUAGCAAAGAAGACUGUUGAGCUUUUAACACAGCGCUGCAUUGGGAUUUCAUUGAUAACAUGUAUUUAUUCAGCACACAGGACGUUGACCUAUUAAUCUCUGCCACUGUCUGUUCCCCCCCCCCCCCCCAAUACCUUCACAGUGUCCCUCCUCUCCCCCUGCAUACAAACUAAUACUACAGUGCUCUGCAUUAUGCUGAUUUCUAAUAUAACCACAGGUUCUUCCAGCUCAAGUGAACCAAGUCCUAGAGAGGUGUCGCCACCAUUAAUGAUGAUGAUAUGCAAGCCACAUGCAAUUUCUAACUCAUGCAGCCUCACACUGGAGUGAAAGUGUCUUACAAAAAACCUGUUUUAAUUGAUGUAAGGUUUGAGUAACACACCUUGGUCUGCUUGAACAGGACUCUUCCAUAGAAACCUGUAUGCACGCAUCAUCUGUGCAAGCAGCUCUGUUUAUUUGCAGGACUCUGCAGGUUCGUUUUGUUCUUUUAAAAAUAGAAAGAUGCCGUGGUUCAGGACCGAGCGCUGCCCAGGCUCCAUGCCAGGUAAGCGGAGAGCUCCACUUGACGUCCAGCUAGGGGAAGUCACAGCUGGAUGUUGUUUGCAGCACCAGGUAAUCCACCUGGAGCAUCUAAUGCUGAUUCAUCAUGGCAAGUCUGGGAUAGACACACAGGUGCUGAUGCAAACCAGAGCGCUUUCACCCACUGCUGUAAAAAGCUCUCAAAUAAAUCUGGUGCAGUUUGAGCAAAUCAACCUCUGAUCUAAUAAAUUAACACAGCCGCCUUCUUUUUUUUGGUUUGGUAUUUUUAAUAAAAGUUGUUAUGAUGUUGUAUUAUUAUAAUGAGGAUAUAUAGCUUGAUCCUCAAAACUAACUCUUACACCGCUGUCCUAUUCAAUAGUACCCUAGAAAACCACCCAGAGAGACUGCCCCUAAUCACACUCACUAUCCUGAACGAGCUUGUAUAACCUCCUCCUGCUGCAGGUAAAAUAGGAGCGGGUUUACUCUGCUUACACGCACGAGCGUGGACUACCUUUGAGAGAUGUAAACUAAUUGGUGGUUUCCUGGUAAUGUUGAGCGUGCGAAAGGCUACUCUAGGCAAUGAUGUAUUAUCAGACAGCAGGAUUAUUUGACACUGCAGCUUUAAAUGGCUUAGAAACGUGGUUCUGCCAUAGCUGCCAGGAGGAUGUGAGUUCAAAUUCCAGUUCACUGGGUAAAAACUUUUAAAGAAAUAAUUAUAUUUUUAUUUUUGGCAAAUUAUAAAAUGCAAGGAUAUGGUUUUAAGUGUGUGUUCUAUUUUGAGCUGUCCUUGAAAUGCUAGAACUGUAACACAAGUCGCUGGUAAAGCGUUAGUUCUGUAUAUUAAAACGAUGAAAAAGGUCUUCUGGUUUAUUUAUUUUUUGUCUCUGAUGAGUAUGAUUUGCUGUAG